AUGAUUUUUUUUAUUUCUUCUACAGAGAACAAGCGGCUCUUGGAACUCGAAAUCGAACUGGAAAAUUUCAAAGACCAAACAGAGGAACUAAAGACCAAAUUGCUGUGUUUUGAAGAGAACAAACGCUUACGUAAGUAGAAGAAAUCAGAAGCCGUUGAGCAGUUGACCCCUAAAACGUUUCACAACCAGAUGUGAAAAGUUCAAUAUCGACUUGCCUGGGUGCAGACGUCUCCUAUUUCCUUUGUUGCACGCGGAAAAGGGACGUCUGCGUAACGCCGUCGCUAAUCGUGUUCCAGCGUUCGGCGGGCAGGGUAUUCUACUUAGCAUAAAUUGUUAAAUAAUAUCCGGUUAGAAAUAAGAGUUGACAGGCCAAACACAACAUCAUAAGCUCGUAAUAAUGCGAUACGUGACCUUGAGAGUCUGCUUGAACAGAGGUUUUUCAUCUUUUCCCCCUCGCGCGCGUAGGUUACUAGCACUACACAGUGCUUGUAGCAUUCUAAAAUUUGACUGAGUAAAUCUCGUUUUUGCUGCACUAAGUCUUACAUUUAGAGGUCAUGAAGCAGGCUUGUGACAUUCACACUGAGUAAUCAUUUCCUGUGGUUUAUGCUUCUAUGGGUGUUCUCUGAUAGGAUUUGAUUUCAGAUGCAGUUGUAAAGUGUUUAAAUUUUCUUUGACCUCUGUUUGUUAAGGCUAAAUAUAAUAAAGAUUUUAGUUUCUUUGCCUGGCUUUCUCCGAAAUGCCUGCCUGGUGCGAAGUCCACGCCGGUUUUGUAGUUUUCUCAGACACUGUUUACAAAUAUGAUGUCAUGUGUCAUGCACAGUAAAAUUGUAAAGAAAUGAUUUCCUCGCAAAUGUUAAAUUUUCCACGGCCUCGCACAAGAUUUCGAACGGUCUGCACACAAUGGCACAUGUUUUGAUUUGUUUUGGCUGGAAAACCCCGAUCAGACUAAAUUCGAUAACAACCAAUCAGCGUUACGUCAAACAAUGCGCACUGUUUGUCAGCCUAUCACAGCAUGUUCCCAAGAUCUUGGGAACUCAGCGGGACGCUGGAACACGAUUAGCGACGGCGUUACGCAGACGUCCCUUUUCCGCGUGCAACAAAGGAAAUAGGAGACGUCUGCACAGAGGAAAAAGAUCGACAGGAUACUUAUAAUUACUAGUAACAGUUGACACUACAGCUGCCCCCGUUCUGUAUAUUGUCGAUCAAGAGUGUUCUUGCUUGUUGUGUAGCUCUUUGAAAUAUACCAAUUCAUAAUGAAGAUUUUCACACAUAUUCCAUACAAUAGGUGAGAUAAAUACAGGAAACGCGACGCUUCAAGCACAGUUUCAGCUCGAUUUACACAGCUUUGAUCAAAACAUUCCCAGUUUCGAGAAUAGUUUAUUCUAAACCAUAAGAAAAGAUUUAAUUAGAAGUUGAAUUUUUCGCUAUUUCUCUUUCCCUUUUUACAUUCAGUUCAUUUUAUUUGCCGGAAAGUAAGCCUUCGAAAUUAAAAGGACGUUUGAUCGAUUCACGCUAGCGCAUUCUAGUCUUAUUUGAAACUUUAUAACGGAAGGACUCUGUGAGCAGGGAAUAAGUCAGCACAGAAUUUGAUUGUCGGCGAAUUUCUGUAAAUGUCCAUCACAGUCUGCUAGUGAUAAGCUAGCCGUUGUUCACUAGUCUUGCUUGUUUGGGGCUGAGUUUUAUUCCCGUCAAAGAGAGAGAAAGAGUGUCUGGCAAGGUUUCCAAUAUAAAUCAAAGAUUUGUGAACUCGUGUCUGGCAAACUCUCCAAGUGUUUAUAUAAUAUAUAAACGCACCCUAUAAACCCCCCUGCGCUUAACGAGUGUAUUUUGGUCCAUAACUUUCAAAACAACUGCUCCACAGAAUGUCAAUGCGUAACGCAAAAGAGUAUCGAAGUGUGACUGCACAAUAAGUGUCACAAAAUCUACCUGAGCGGUCCCUUCGGGAUUUUCUGUCUUUACGUCAACCUAACCAUUUCGUACUUGUGGGCGCAAACAAUAGAAACGUCAUCAUUACCUACCGAUUCCUCGCGGCCCCAGUUCGAGCAAAUCGAGAUUUUUUCUAGUAUACUGACUGUAUAUUUGAACUGUAAGUACUGUCCUUAAUAUACGCGCAAGUUACUAGGGUGUCUCGUCAGGAUUUCGCCUCUGGGCGAAAUCCCUGCGGGGCAAUAAUACACCACAUGCGCAGACUGACAGUCUACAGAAGUGCCUACUGUCAAAACCCCUUUUGCGAGGGGUUGUAGAAAGUGUCCCUAUUAAGCGGGUUGAAUUGAAAGAAGAUUUAAGGGCUUUCUUUCCCCAGGGACAAAGCAAACUGUACGUAAUAAUGAGGUGUCCGUAUUAAGCGGGGUUUGACUUCACAUGUAAGCAAAGUAAUAACGAGGUGUUGUAUUUGUCAUCGUUCUUGUGCUCUGCAGCUAGUACUCACCAAAGAAUGCAUGGUUAUGUUUUGUCAUCUCUCGCCGAAGCUCGUCUGCUUCUUUUGCAUUCCUCACUAUAUGCAGUGCGUUGUGCUUCAACCAUCCUUUCUGUUACGCCCCACCUUAGUAUUCUAGAGAAAAAAAUUCGCUCGGCCUCUCACGUGGACAGUUAUGGUAAAAGAAAAAAACCUAUGAACCAGAACAAACGUCUUGAAUGAUUUUUUUUAUUUCCUCUACAGAGAACAAGCGGCUGUUGGAACUCGAAAUCGAACUGGAAAAUUUCAAAGACCAAACAGAGGAACUAAAGACCAAAUUGCUGUGUUUUGAAGAGAACAAACGCUUACGUAAGUGGAAGAAAUCAGAAGCCGUUGAGCAGUUGACCCCUAAAACGUUUCACAACCAGAUGUGAAAAGUUCAAUAUCGACUUGCCUGGGUGCAGACGUCUCCUAUUUCCUUUGUUGCACGCGGAAAAGGGACGUCUGCGUAACGCCGUCGCUAAUCGUGUUCCAGCGUUCGGCGGGCAGGGUAUUCUACUUAGCAUAAAUUGUGAAAUAAUAUCCGGUUAGAAAUAAGAGUUGACAGGCCAAACACAACAUCAUAAGCUCGUGAUAAUGCGAUACGUGACCUUGAGAGUCUGCUUGAACAGAGGUUUUUCAUCUUUUCCCCCUCGCGCGUAGGUUACUAGCACUACACAGUGCUUGUAGCAUUCUAAACUUUGACUGAGUAAAUCUCGUUUUUGCUGCACUAAGUCUUACAUUUAGAGGUCAUGAAGCAGGUUUGUGACAUUCACACUGAGUAAUCAUUUCCUGUGGUUUAUGCUUCUAUGGGUGUUCUCUGAUAGGAUUUGAUUUCAGAUGCAGUUGUAAAGUGUUUAAAUUUUCUUUGACCUCUGUUUGUUAAGGCUAAAUAUAAUAAAGAUUUUAGUUUCUUUGCCUGGCUUUCUCCGAAAUGCCUGCCUGGUGCGAAGUCAAGGCCGCUUUUGUAGUUUUCUCAGACACUGUUUACAAAUAUGAUGUCAUGUGUCAUGCACAGUAAAAUUGUAAAGAAAUGAUUUCCUCGCAAAUGUUAAAUUUUCCGCGGCCUCGCACAAGAUUUCGAACGGUCUGCACACAAUGGCACAUGUUUUGAUUUGUUUUGGCUGGAAAACCCCGAUCAGACCAAAUUCGAUAACAACCAAUCAGCGUUACGUCAAACAAUGCGCACUGUUUGUCAGCCUAUCACAGCAUGUUCCCAAGAUCUUGGGAACUCAGCGGGACGCUGGAACACGAUUAGCGACGGCGUUACGCAGACGUCCCUUUUCCGCGUGCAACAAAGGAAAUAGGAGACGUCUGCACAGAGGAAAAAGAUCGACAGGAUACUUAUAAUUACUAGUAAUAGUUGACACUACAGCUGCCCCCGUUCUGUAUAUUGUCGGUCAAGAGUGUUCUUGCUUGUUGUGUAGCUCUUUGAAAUAUACUAAUUCAUAAUGAAGAUUUUCACACAUAUUCCAUACAAUAGGUGAGAUAAAUACAGAAAACGCAACGCUUCAAGCACAGUUUCAGCUCGAUUUACACAGCUUUGAUCAAAACAUUCCCAGUUUCGAGAAUAGCUUAUUCUAAACCAUAAGAAAAGAUUUAAUUAGAAGUUGAAUUUUUCGCUAUUUCUCUUUCCCUUUUUACAUUCAGUUCAUUUUAUUUGCCGGAAAGUAAGCCUUCGAAAUUAAAAGGACGUUUGAUCGAUUCACGCUAGCGCAUUCUAGUCUUAUUUGAAACUUUAUAACGGAAGGACUCUGUGAGCAGGGAAUAAGUCAGCACAGAAUUUGAUUGUCGGCGAAUUUCUGUAAAUGUCCAUCACAGUCUGCUAGUGAUAAGCUAGCCGUUGUUCACUAGUCUUGCUUGUUUGGGGCUGAGUCUUAUUCCCGUCAAAGAGAGAGAAAGAGUGUCUGGCAAGGUUUCCAAUAUAAAUCAAAGAUUUGUGAACUCGUGUCUGGCAAACUCUCCAAGUGUUUAUAUAAUAUAUAAACGCACCCUAUAAACCCCCCUGCGCUUAACGAGUGUAUUUUGGUCCAUAACUUUCAAAACAACUGCUCCACAGAAUGUCAAUGCGUAACGCAAAAGAGUAUCGAAGUGUGACUGCACAAUAAGUGUCACAAAAUCUACCUGAGCGGUCCCUUCGGGAUUUUCUGUCUUUACGUCAACCUAACCAUUUCGUACUUGCGGGCGCAAACAAUAGAAACGUCAUCAUUACCUACCGAUUCCUCGCGGCCCCAGUUCGAGCAAAUCGAGAUUUUUUUCUAGGAUACUGACUGUAUAUUUGAACUGUAAGUACUGUCCUUAAUAUACGCGCAAGUUACUAGGGUGUCUCCUCAGGAUUUCGCCCCUGGGCGAAAUCCCUGCGGGGGCAAUAAUACACCACAUGCGCAGACUGACAGUCUACAGAAGUGCCUACUGUCAAAACCCCUUUUGCGAGGGGCUGUAGAAAGUGUCCUUAUUAAGCGAGUUGAAUUGAAAGAAGAUUUAAGGGCUUUCUUUCCCCAGGGACAAAGCAAACUGUACGUAAUAAUGAGGUGUCCGUAUUAAGCGGGGUUUGACUUCACAUGCAAGCAAAGUAAUAACGAGGUGUUGUAUUUGUCAUCGUUCUUGUGCUCUGCAGCUAGUACUCACCAAAGAAUGCAUGGUUAUGUUUUGUCAUCUCUCGCCGAAGCUCGUCUGCUUCUUUUGCAUUCCUCACUAUAUGCAGUGCGUUGUGCUUCAACCAUCCUUUCUGUUACGCCCCACCUUAGUAUUCUAGAGAAAAAAAUUCGCUCGGCCUCUCACGUGGACAGUUAUGGUAAAAGAAAAAAACCUAUGAACCAGAACAAACGUCUUGAAUGAUUUUUUUUAUUUCCUCUACAGAGAACAAGCGGCUCUUGGAACUCGAAAUCGAACUGGAAAAUUUCAAAGACCAAACAGAGGAACUAAAGACCAAAUUGCUGUGUUUUGAAGAGAACAAACGCUUACGUAAGUGGAAGAAAUCAGAAGCCGUUGAGCAGUUGACCCCUAAAACGUUUCACAACCAGAUGUGAAAAGUUCAAUAUCGACUUGCCUGGGUGCAGACGUCUCCUAUUUCCUUUGUUGCACGCGGAAAAGGGACGUCUGCGUAACGCCGUCGCUAAUCGUGUUCCAGCGUUCCGCUGGCAGGGUAUUCUAUUUCGCAUACCGUAAAUCCUCUAUUAAGUCCCCCCUCUCAAAUAAGCCUCCGUCUUUAAUAAGCCCCCCCUUUUCAGAGGAGGAAAGUCAAUAAGCCCCCCCUUCCCCUCCCCCAAUCCUUAUUCUUCAGAAAAAAAUUAACGAUUAACAUGGACUGAUCAGUUAUGGUUUAUUCAUAAAAAUUACCGAAGAACAUGAGGCCGAAAGCACAUUUUUGAAGAGUAAGAAUUUUGUUUUUGUUACUUUUAGGCUUCCACAAGUGAAUUAAAUACUUUUGACAGUGACUUUAAUUGUACAACGCGUAAGUCUACUCUGUCUCAUACCACGGUAUUUUUGCUACAGGUGAUACGUUUCGCUAAAUUAAAUAAGCCCCCCCCCUCUAUUUUAAGCCCCCCCCUCUCUAUUAAGCCCCCUCUCAAAAGUGCUUGAAAAAAAUAAGCCCCCCGGGGGGCUUAAUAGAGGAUUUACGGUAAAUUGUGAAAUAAUAUCCGGUUAGAAAUAAGAGUUGACAGGCCAAACACAACACCAUAAGCUCGUAAUAAUGCGAUACGUGACCUUGAGAGUCUGCUUGAACAGAGGUUUUUCAUCUAUUCUCUCUCGCGCGAAGGUUACUAGCACUACACAGUGCUUGUAGCAUUCUAAAAUUUGACUGAGUAAAUCUCGUUUUUGCUGCACUAAGUCUUACAUUUAGAGGUCAUGAAGCAGGUUUGUUACAUGCAUACUGAGUAAUCAUUUCCUGUGGUUUAUACUUCUAUGGGUGUUCCCUGAUAGGAUUUGAUUUCAGAUGCAGUUGUAAAGUGUUUAAAUUUUCUUAGACCUCUGUUUGUUAGGGCUAAAUAAAGAUUUUAGUUUCUUUGCCUGGCUUUCUCCGAAAUGCCUGCCUGGUGCGAAGUCCACGCCGCUUUUGUAGUUUUCUCAGACACUGUUUACAAAUAUGAUGUCAUGUAUCAUGCACAGUAAAAUUGUAAAGACAUGAUUUCCUCGCAAAUGUUAAAUUUUCCUCGGCCUCGCACAAGAUUUCGAACGGUCUGCACACAAUGGCACAUGUUUUGAUUUGUUGUUAUCUGGAAAACCCCGAUUACACAAAUCACCGCAUACAUUAUGAGACCAGAUUCGAUUACAACCAAUCAGCGUUAAGCCAAACAAUGCGCACUGUGUGUCAGCCUAUCACAGCAUGUUCCCAAGAUCUUGAGAACCCAGCGGGACGCUGGAACACGAUUAGCGACAGCGUUACGCAGACGUCCCUUUUCCGCGUGCAACAAAGGAAAUAGGAGGCGUCUGCACAGAGGCAAAAGAUCGACAGGAUACUUACAAUCAUAAUACACCACAUGCGCAGACUGACAGUCUACAGAAGUGCCUACUGUCAAAACCCCAUUUGCGAGAGGCUGAGGGACUGUAUAAAGUGUCCUUAUUAAGGUGGCUCGACUGGAUUUUUUGGGGUUGAUACCUCCCAACUUUGAGCAUUAACUACGUCGGCACGAGUAAAGAUAUGGAAAAAAGGUUACCACAACUGUAUUAUAUAAAGAUGAAAAUUUCUUAUGAUCUGGGUUUUAUUGCAAUCGGAGUCGUCAUGGCAACGUAAUGACGCCAUUACGUUUUUCAUGUAUCGUUGUGUUUCUCUGUUCCAGGCGUUUUUUGAAAAAAUCGCUUUAGGGAGUAUGUACCUGCUAUAAUUGCCUCCAUUAUGGCAAAGUUUGAACAAAUUCUAUGAGAGCUUUUUCGAAAUAUUUUGAAAUGUAGUUUUAAGAAUAAUAAAAACAGUGAAAUAGCAUGCUACCUACACAAUUCGCUAAUAUUUCAAGAAAAUGAUAAGCUUUGGGAACGAGGCUUCAUCUCAUAGUGGUUUGAUUCCAUUGAAAACUGCAUACGAAAAAAGAGGGGAAUUGCUCUGGGCGAUCGCGAGUAAGAAGAAUUUUAUUAACUUGCAUUUAGCUGCUUUUUAUACAGUUUUUGGACGUAAUUUGGUCCAUGCCUAAUAAUUUGGUCGAUAAAUUUUUCUAUAAAUUCGACAAUCUCGAGAUCAAUUGUCAAGAAAUAUUCCCUGCAAGUUUUAAGAACAUUGAAAACAGGGAAGGCUUUUAAAUAGGGCCUCAAAUAUAGCCAAUUUUUCCCCCAGAUUUUGUGUUUACAAGUGAGCGUCCUCAUUAUUCACUAGCAUUGUUUUCAAGUUUCAUAUACACGUGCACAUUUAGCAAAAAGAUAGAAUUUGCAAAUUGGCAAAUAGCGGGGCGAGGUAAAUAUUCCUAAAGGCACUAUUCACCGAGAUUGAAAAGAAUAAUUGUUUUAGUAUAUACACAAGAAGUGAUCUCAACAAACUCAGCUCAGAGAGGAAGGUUAAAAAGUACGAUUUGAUUGACAGAUCAAAUUACGCGAAAGUUUAAGAGCGGCUCCGCGUAAAUGUCGACUAAACGUGAAAAUAGUCAAAAAAUGAGCUGGGGUCCGUUUCUCGAACGUCUCGAUAAUUAACGGGCCCGGUAAGCUGUCUCCGUUUACCUUAAAGAUCGAGGUUUCAAUAGUUUUGCAUCUAACGUGAUAAAACUGUCAGUUAGUGAAACAAAAUGGAGCAGUUUGUUAGCCAGGACCCGCGCUCUUAUUCUUUAUAGUUUGAUUUGAAUAUUUGAUUUCGGGCCCGUAAAGUUACUGGGACUUUCGAGAAACGGGCCCCUGGCCUCAAACUCAGCCAGAAUAAAGCCCUAUGGGCCCUAGUUACAAAAUCGUUGGUUUAAGUACGAUCGAGUGAAUAAUAUUUUUUUAACGAAUUUUUUUCUUCCCGAGGCCUAAAAUGGGCAAAAAUCAUGCGAAAUUAGAGUCAUAUUCAGUAACUCGUAAAUUUUGAAAUUAAGUUGGCUACUAAAAUAUAAUGACACUUCGUUCUUUUACUAUCUUUCCUCUAUAAUUUUAACUGAUUAGUUCGCGAUUUGGUCAACAAGAGAUUUUUAAAGAAAGUUUCAAAGUUGUUGACUCAAAAUCGCUUAAUCAACCGUCAAAAUUUAGCACUUUUUCACGAGCUAAAAAAAGGGGAUUGGUACAUGGCUUUGAACACCAAGGCUUGUUUAGUCUGAAAGAGCAUUCUUUUUUCUUCAAAUUAGCGAAAUAAAAUUUUUGGGUAAAUGAAAACACGAGCGCUGACAAAGCCAAGCAAAUGUAAAUAUUACACUAAAAACGGGCGAAAAAACGUGACCUCUGACCGAAGCACAACCAAAUGCGAAUUACGGUAGGCGCCAAACCUUUAAUUAUUCGGUAACUUCUUGAGACAAUAUUGGUCCGAAAUGUGUAUAGAUUUUUUAAAUUUUAAACGGGCUGGUUCACGAUAAUGCGCAUGCGCGCCGUUUGUCUCUUCAGAAUAAAUUUGUCUGGGUCAACACUAAAUUCGAAAUCGCCAUUACCGGUACAGUAUGUUGCCCAGUAUCCGGACGGUACCAGUAUCCGGACACUUGAAACAAAACUCAAUUUUUGAGGCGCCCUUUUCAGCUCUCGGUAAACGAAGUAUUUUGAAUGAAAGCUGAACCUUUCAGCUUUAAGAUGAAAGUUUUGGCGAUUUGAAAGCUUGCGAAACAGUCGAGGAAGAUGCCGUUCUGUUCAGGUCAGUAAACUUUUGAUGGCUAAUAUUUACGCUGUUUACUGCGCAGUAAAAUUAGUGCUGCUCAGAAAAGGGAGGGUAAUGUGUGAUAUUUUCAAAGAAACUGUUUUAUUUUUAAAGUGAAGAUACUUAAGGAAGUCAGGUUUUCAGAAAGUUUAUUAAUUCUUCUUGAAAUUCGAUUUGUUUGGAAUAACGGAGGCCAGAAAGUUUUGAUGUCAUGUGCCCAGUACCCGGACAGUUUUUUCCUUGCUGUACUGAAUCGAUGAAUUAGCUGUGUACAUUAUCCGGAUAAGAUUUAUUUCAUAUCAGUAGCUAUAAUUAAAGCUUGGGAUAUAUCGUAUAGUAGUAAAAUGUAAUUCUACUCAACUCCGUAUGGAAAUUUUCUUCACUCAUGGGUCACUCAUUCAGAGGCCACUUGAUUUCGUGCGCACGGCUUGUUUCGCGUGACUGCAUUUUCUAGAUAUAACUGAAAGCGUCGGAGUUGAACCUGGAAUUCUCAUACUUUUCCAAGUUGUGACUGCUAGAAUGGGGUUGCAACGGUCUGAAAAAUUUCACAAAGGGAUUGAGAGAUGUCAAAGAAGGAGGAAUUAGUGCUAGAAAAGCAGGCUUAUUGUGGAGACUGAGCAAAUCAACACUGCAGGUCAGACUAAAUAGGACAGCGACCUUUGACCGUCGGGUUGAGGUCCCUUCCCCAAGCUUUUUUUAAAAUAAAAAAUGAAGAAAAAAAGUCGUUUGCAGAUUGACUAAUUAAGCUUGCAAACUGCUGCUUCGGCAUGUCCACUGAUGCCUUCCUUAAAUCAGUGAAAAAGUUCCUAGACAAGGAAGUAAGAAUUAUACCAUUUUUAAAACAGCCGCUCGCGUUCCCCACCAUACCCCAGUCAUUUGUUAUGUUUUAUUUCACGAUGCUAGGUUAUAUUUUUGGAAUCGAUUGCCAGGCUACUUUGCAAGUGCAAGAGAAGCUUAUAAGUCGCUUGCCUGUCGAAAUUUAUGUACAGUUACGUUGUUAUUGUUGUGUCCGGAUACUGGGCCAGCUGUCCGGAUACUGGGCAACAUAGGAGCUCUGCAAAAAUAUUAAUUUCGCGAUGGAAACAAAGGCAAGGAAGUUAAACUGUCUUUCAUCAUAUUAAGGACUAGAUAGAUUUUCUCUGGGCCAAAUUUCAGAGCUCUUACGAUUAACAAAGGAAAGUUAUUGCAAUCUUAAACUGAAGUGUCCGGAUACUGGGCAACAUACUGUACAAUCAUUGAAAAUCCUUCGUUUUAUUCGGACAUCCGUCGCUUUGGCUGGUCUAGUUAUACUUUGGUAGUGGUGAUUAACGUGUGGUUGUGUCGUUUGACUGGUUACGUUUUAAGAAGACGCAAAAAAUAAUGUUUUGAUCAUGGAGGUUCAGAAGAGCAUGUGGCCGUCCGGCAACAGGACGUUCUCAAGAGUCUUUGGAGAUAGAGAAGCUUAGCCUAUCGAUCUGGUAUGGUUCUAGGAGUAGUGUGUGGCUUACGAAAAGUAUACACGACACUUGGAAAGUGGUUAAAAGUAUGAGUUCGUUCAACGUUGAUUUGAUUUUUGACUCUGACCUGUAGUUAUACCGCAACAGGCCGCGCGAUCUUCACCGAUCUGGUACACUUGAAAUGUUCCUUGUAUCUUUGCUUUACGAUCGUAUAUGUUUAAGAAUUGAUGUUUUUAAAAUAAAUUAUUGCCUGAAUAUUCUGUUUAUAAUCCAGUUUCUUUAUGUGUGCUACUCGAUAACAUUUGUUUUGCGGAACACUGACCCAAUGCAACGCGAAUGAAUUUGUUGCUGAUAAGCAUUUGAAAUUUAUGCUCAUUUAAGGAUAAUCUUUAUACUCAUACGUUGUGCGUUUUUGUCACCGGUCAGGUGCUAUUUGUAGGUAUUUCUGGAUUUAUAUAAGGCGAACUGAGAGAACAGUAAUAAGAUGUUUGUUUACAAAUUUUGUUUGCCGAUCGGUGACUGCUUUGUUAGCGUGGGUACGACCUCGUAAAAAUACACGUUGGUAAAUGUUUGUUUUAAAGCAGGACAGGGCUGUAGAUCUUAUUCUUAUCGGCUGCGACAUAUAUCUGAGGAGUAGCAAAGAAUAAACUUGAAUUAUGGGGAUAAAUAAUAUCAACCCAAAUGCCCGGAAAUACUCUCGCGUCGCGAACAAUUAAUUUGAAUUUUGUAAAUUUACUUCCAUGCAUCUAACUCGCUUCCGAUUGGUUGAAAAACAAUCAGCUACUGUCAGAACUCACACAUGCGCAUUAUCGUGAACCAGUCCCUUUAAAUAAAGCUGAAUUAAAGUAUUAAGUGUCAAAAAGUCCACAAAGCGGUAAAAAAUACAACAAAAGUCACGAGUAAUCUGUUCCGUUUUCUGAAUUUUACGCAGUGAUUUAUGCGAUUUAACGGAAUUGACAAUUUUUAAUCCAACGAUACCCACCUGAGACUGUGUUAGUUUAAGAGUCCACAGAACUUCUCAGACGAUUCCUCGGAAAGACCUCCUGAAGGAAAUGAAUGAAAAAUUUGAACUUGUACAAAGGAAAAAUAACGGAUUCCCAUUUUUGGAUAUUUUAGGGUAUUUAAAGAAUACCCAUAAAAAUCCCAAAUUUGGCAAAGUGAGACAAGUCCCAACCCGAGAAUUCCCAACCAAGUUCCCUGAUUGGGACUUGUCUCACUCUUCCAAGUUUGGGAUUUUUGUGAGUAUUCUUUAAAUACCCUAAAAUAUCCAAAAAUGGGAAUCGGUUAUUCUUUCCUGUGAUAACUGUAACAAUUUCACUUGCCGCCACGGCAAUGAACGAAAACAACUGUCGAACUGCCACAGGCAAACCAGCUUUCGGUGGAGUCAUUCAAAGCAUGUCAUGUCACGUUACGUAAUUCUGCCCCGCGCAUUUGGGAAGGAGGGAAGAAAUUCUUCCAUGCUGUGCGCUAAAACAUUUAUGAAAUAAAACAAGCUUUGGAAUGUAUCUUUUGCAUCUAGUUAAAGAAAAGAAUAACUUUUUCCCCUGUUUUUGCUCGAGGGGCGCUGUGCACUUCUUUUAUUUUAUCUGCUGUUUGUAAUGAUUGUGUUUCAAGUUCAGAACGUGCAUCUAUAGCUAGCAAUUGGUGUGUUCGAAUUUAUACCGAAUGCUGUAGAAAGGAUAUCAAAGGGUACCAAAGCAGUGGCGGAUCCAGGGGGAGGGUCUGGGGUUCCGGACCCCCGAUCAGACCCGAUACUUGUUUGAGACUAAAAUCCUUACAACGAUAGGAUUGCAUGUCACUGUUUAACUGGCUGAAUUUUUUAAUGAAACGCGUGUUGUAAUUUUCCACUAAACUAAAUUCCAGGGAUAUUAAAAAAUGUGAUUGUAAUUGG